UCUCCCAUUUCCCUAACAGCCAGUUGCGUAACAUUGCACUAACUAUGGCUCAGACGGCAGCACUAUUCCUUCUCUUAGUCGGCUGCAGCUCUGGGCACCGGAUGCUGCAAAUUAACCAGAGACCCAUCAUCGGGAUAUUGGCACAGGAAUCGGAUGAUCCUGACCUUCAGUAUGGGAAGAGUUACAUUGCUGCACCUUACGUGAAGUAUCUGGAGUCAGCUGGCUGCAGAGUGGUGCCAAUCAGGCUGAAUUUGACACGUGACGAAUAUGAAAGGAUAUUCUAUUCAAUCAAUGGCAUUCUGUUCCCUGGUGGAGCAGUUGACCUGGAAACAUCCAGUUUUGCUAAAGCUGCAAAGAUAUUCUAUGACCUUGCAUUAAAGGCAUUUGAUGCUGGUGAUUAUUUUCCUAUAUGGGGAACCUGUAUGGGACUGCAACUCCUGGUCACCUUUACUGCUGAAAGGGAUUUACUAAUAAACACUGACACUGAGAACAUUGCUCUCCCACUUAAUCUGACCACUGCUGCCGCAUCGAGUAAAAUGUUUCAGAACUUUCCUCCAGAUCUGUACAAGGCUAUGUCUGUUGAGCCUCUGUCUGCAAACUUCCAUCACUUUUCUGUUGCUGUCCAGACUUUUCUGGAAAAUGAGAAACUAAAUAAAUUCUAUUCAAUCCUGUCCACCGAUACUGACAGAAAAGGUGUGCAGUUCGUGUCCACCAUGGAGGGGAUCCGUCAUCCUAUCUACGGGGUUCAGUGGCACCCAGAAACAAGUCGCUUUCAGUGGCAGCCGGACAUGGCUUUCCCGCACUCUCCAAAUGCGGUUCAACUCUCCUUUUUCCUGGCUGAUUUUUUUGUGAAUGAAGCUCGGAAAAACUUUCAUCAUUUCCCAAGUCCAGAAGAAGAGAAAGCAGCUCUGAUCUAUAAUUACAGCCCACGAUAUGUGCCGACAUCCUGCUAUAUCCAGGUCUAUUUUUUCUAAAGAAUUGUAAAUAGGGUAUUAAUUAUUGCAGAUGCUGUACAAAAAAGGGAUACAAAGUACUGGAAUAACUCAACGGGUCAGGGUUUGAAGAAGGAUAUCGAUCCGAUACAUUGUCUAUCCAUGUUCUCCAGAGAUGCUGCCUGACCCACUGAGUUACUCCAGCACUUUGUGUGUGUGUUUUUUUUUUAAUGAUUGCAAUA